AUGACCCACUGUUGCUCCCCUUGUUGCCAGUCCACCUGCUGCAGGACCACCUGCUGCAGGACCACCUGCUGGCAGCCCACCUGUGAGACCACCUGCUGCAGCACACCCUGCUGCCAGCCAAGCUGCUGUGAGUCCAGCUGCUGCCAGCCCUGCUGCCGCCCCACUUGCUGUCCAACCACCUGCUGCAGGACCACCUGCUGGAAACCCACCUCUGUCACCACCUGCUGUAGCACACCCUGCUGCCAGCCCAGCUGCCGCCCCACUUGCUGUGACACCUCCUGCUGCCAGCCCAGCAGCUGUGCACCCGUCUACUGCACCAGGACCUGCUACCAGCCCACCUGCGUCUGCCUGCCUGGUUGUCUGAACCUGGGCUGUGGAUCCAGCUGCUGCCAGCCUUCCUGCUGCUGA